AUGACAGAAGUUGCAGUUAAUUACGAUAGUAAGACUAAGAAAUUGUCUUUGCCCAAGGGAACACAAUCUGGAACAGACCUUUCUGCCUUAAAAUUAGAAAUUGAUCAACUCAAUACAUUAACUCAAGAAAUAAUAAACCAAGGAAGUGAUGUACCACCAGCUCCCACACCUGAUAAUUUUAAUAAGGAUUUAUCUAAGAUGAUAAGAAAAAUGUACGAAGGGGGUGUGCAAUCGUUCAAAAUUGGCAAGUUUGAAGAGAGUGCUAGACAAUUUACCAUUGGUAUUGAGAUGAUUAAUAGAAGACCAAAGUUUGAAAGUUUUCAAGGAACAAUACAGGAAUUAUCAUUGUUUUUGAUGAGCAGAACUGAUGCUUAUUUAAGAACCAAGGACUAUGUGAAGGCUUUCAAUGAUGCUGACUUUUUGCUUAAUAUGCAAUUAAAUACUCCAGAUAACUUUUUAAGAAGGGGCGUUGCAAAUUACUUUUUAGGCAAUUAUGAAGCAGCCAGAAGUGAUUAUCAAAGAGGAUUGACGUUUGAUGAAAACAACGAAAGAUUGCAGAAAGAAUUAACUAUAUGUUUAGACAAAAUUCUAGAAGUAAAUGGUGAUUAUUUGUAA